UUUUUCCGUUUCCAGUGUUAUUUUGAAAAAUAAGCGGCAGUCAUGGAGGACGACCGUGCGAGUGGGGUGGAUUCGAGAGUAAAUGUCAAGUCGAGAAAAAUUGUUCGUGAUCAACUUGAAAAGUAUAAAGACUUAUUUAAAAAGUUGCUCGAUGGCCAAUGCAAUAUUUCUCAGGAAGAUAAGGCCAAACUGUUGCAAGAAAUGGUUGUGAAUUUUGAGUUCACAGUACAAGAAAAUAUAGUUAUUGGUGGCUUGUCUUGGGACGAGGCGUCCGAGGAAUAUUGUGAAGAUAAUGAGAGCACUGUAAAUGACAUUCUGGAUGAGAAGAUAGUAGAGACUGCCUGCAAACGCAACUCUUUCCCAAAACAAAUACGCAAGCAGGUUGUGCGGUCAUUAAGAGCUGAGAGGAAACUUCUGGGUUUGUAUGAACAGGCAGUGAAAACACAAGAGAUAAAGCCGGAUCCAGCUCAAGACACUAUCAUCAGAAAUGUUUCCGCCGCUGCACCUACAAUGUUCAAACAAGCCAGUACGGUUAUGAAGUCUCUGAAAAGCCUAAAGCAGGCAGCUGAGGGCUUGCGUCAAGUUCUCGACAUGCAGACUUCAGCGGAGACGGUGGAAGUCUACAGAGAAGUGUUCGGCAGCUCAGUAGGAGAUGUCUGUCCAGACCUUCACCACAGGCUUCCAUCCAGCAUCAAAAGAGCUGCUUCUGAUUCAGAAUACAGUGCAGACUAUGUUCCUGCUCCAAAAAUCAUCCAAAAGACUGAUGCAAAAACUAUUUAAUAUGUAUGUGUUUGUGUGGAAAUGGAGAAGGGCAGUAUAAGAGUGCAUUCACACCUGCUACUAAAUAAGUGUUUUGUAUGCUGAUUCUUACUCAUUUAAUGUAAAUAGUUUUUCUGGUCAGAAAUACUUCAUGCAUGUAGCUUAGAAAAAAAUAAGUUUUUCGUCACUUUCUUUUUCCAUUAAAUCCAAUAAAUUACAUUUUUAGA